UUUAUAAUGUUGUGUCAUUUUUCAAGUGAUUCAAGUUUCCUUAGUAUAGUGUUUAUUAUUAUUUUAUGUUUUUAAAUAAAUAAAAAAAUGUGAUUAAAACAUUUUCUAUGCGAUUAACGAUUUUAAAGCAGUUUGAGUUCAGCGAUGAAUUUCAAGAUAGCAAUCGUUCUUUUACAAUUGUUAACAACAAGUUAUGCAUCAUCAGAUGAUUUUGAAUUAGCUUGUGACUCUGCAAAUCCUUCAGCUAAGACUAACGUAACGUGCGUUUGCCGACGGACAGUUGGAAAUGGUAUUCAAUGGGUUUUAAAUGGAACUCAGAUAUCAGAGUGUGUGUUUAAUGAUACGUGUUUGCCUACGCCUGAUGGUUAUACAUUUUUAAUAAACGUGUUUGCUUACAAGAUGACAAAAAUCGAUUACGAUUACAAUGACUGUACUCAAAUUAAUUGCAGAGACCUUAGUAAUACAAGCGCUCAGCUAAUGGUAGUCCCGUCUGCUAUCAACUUUGAUUCAUCAAAUCCUACAUCGAUUGCAGAGCCAGCUUUUAGUCAUAAUAACGGUAUGUUUUCGAUAACAACUGGCUGUAUUUCCGGAUAUAUGCACGUGACAUGCGAGUGGUAUACUUUUAAUAAUGGAGCACCAGAAGAAUACACACAAGGUCAAUCUGCUUUCGUUAUGAUCAACAAAUCUUCAUGUUCAAAUUGCAACGAAGACGACAAUGCAAAAAUGACAUGUGGGUUUUAUCACAUAGAGGCAUCUGGAAAUGAAACAAAAAAUGUUUACUUCAGAGUUGUAGUGACUCAUAUACCGACCAAUUUGAAAUUGGAAGUAAACUCAACUAACGUUUAUACAAUAAAAGUUCAAGACAGUAAACAGAGUGACAGCAGUGACAGCAGUGGGUCCACUUUGUUAAUAGAUGUGAUCGCAGUUGUGAUCGUAGUAGUUUUAAUCGUAAUUGCAGUGCCGAUUGUCGUCAUUGCAGUAUUCAAGUAUUUGGAUAACAAACAUCCGCCACCAAAUAUUCAUAAAAUAGAACCGAAGGAAACGGAAGUUAAAUUAGGAUGGAAUGAUGCAAUCAAAUGUUGGUGCAAAAUAUUUUUAUACAAAAUCAGUUAUAAGGAAACCGGAGCAGUAUCGGAAAAAGAACAAACCACAAGGAAAACAGAAAUCAAAUUGUCAGGACUUCAACCAAUGACUGAUUAUAUCAUAAUUGUAGCCCGGAACAUGUUAUGUAUGAGUUCAAAAUCAAAAACGCCUGUGCAUGUAACUACCCUACCUGGUAAACCAAGUAAUUUGCAUUGUACUACACGGACAACAGCGGUUGAAUUAGUUUGGGAGAAGCCUUAUUGUCCUGACAAGAGGCAAUUGAAGUACGAAGUGACCUUGAAAGAAGCAAAGUUUCGGAAAGAAUGUUCUAGAACAAAGUGUACAAUACCGGAACUUAUUCCCGGUAAAAAAUAUACAGUUCAAGUAUGUACCAUAUACAAAAGCCAGAAGAGUUCACAAGAAGAAAUUGAAUUUUAUUCAAAAGCUGUUAAAGUGAUCCCGAAAGUCAAAUAUAAACCUGGAAAGAAGAUUGUAAACUGCAACAUCAAGUGGGCUGUUGUUGAACAGAAUUCCAAUAUCCCCGUUGAAACAGACACGUUCACUUACAAGAUUGAAUGUCACGAUUUAAAGAAGAAAGAAUUAGUGAUUAAAACAGAUAUCAUAAACACGCAAAGUUAUGCUAUAGAGGGUCUACAUCCUAAUCAAGACUACUCUGUAUAUGUUUAUGUAAUUUGCCAGUCGGAAACGCUUAAUCAUCCUGGACACCGUACUUUUGUAACACCAAGUGCCGGUGAAAUAAUACAUGCCACACCAAAGUCCACAGUGAUUGAAAUAUCAUGGAACAAACCUAUUGUAACUGGGAAAUCGAUAGAAUACAGUGUAUGUUGGAACAAGUUUUACAAAAAGCAAACUUUAAAUACAUCGUGCUCAAUAGAGGGUCUCAUCCCAGGUAGAACAGUUACAAUUCAAGUAUACUAUGGAACAACUAAUAUUCUUUUAUUAGAAACGGCAGUAGAAACACAAGCUAUAAAAGUGAUCCCGACAGUAUCAUGUAAACAAGGACGGAGAUAUGUACAAUGCAACAUUCGGUGGACUAUUAACAACUUUGUUUAUAAAAAAUCAGAAAUCUUUAAGGAAGAACACGCAAUCACUUACAAGGUUAAAUGUGUCUUGAAAGAGAAAGUAGUAUAUGGAGAGGUGAAUAUUAGAACGAAGGAAUGUACUUUACUGGAACUACAUCCUAAUCAGGAAUACUCUGUAUAUGUGUAUGCUGUUUACCAAUCGGUUACGCUUGAACCUCCAGGAAUAACAACUUUUAAAACACCAACACUACGUAGGCAAAAAAGAGAACUCCUUGACAUGAUUGAAAGUGAUGAUGUUAAAAGAAACAGGAUGCAACGAUUGAUAAUGCACCGUUAGUAGAGUUUUCAACAA